UCGCCUUCUACGCUCCUCCAAACACAUCCCAAUACCCAAAUUUAAUCUUUGAAUGAAUCCGUCGUUGCAAACAAUCUUUAGAAGUUUCGGAGCUUUCCAACAAGCAUAGAACCUGUUCGACGAAUUGCUCGUUUCAGUUUUUUCAAAUGGGAGAAGCCAAGUCAUCUUCAGACAACAGAUUGAAAGCAUCGUCUAAGUAUUCCGAUGAGAAUCAGGUGCCAUUAAAGGGUAAAAACAACAAUGCAUCAUCGAAUUUGAAGCCCAGGUCUAUCUGGGGUUCUAACAUUGUGAAAGGUUUCUCAGCUGAUAAGAAAGCCAGAUCGCAACAGGGAACCAAGAAAUCUCAGCUACAACCUGUUAUCACCGUUUCCACAACCAAUUCCAAAAACCCUUUUGUUUGUAAUAGAGCGAAGCGGUCUCUUAUUGGGGAUUUGUCGUGUUCUGUCACUUCCACACAAGUUCAUCCUCAAGGGAAUCAUCAUCACUGUGACCAGAACCAGAGGCUGUACAAAUCGUCUUCUUCUUCUGGGUCUCGUGAUCUGUUUGCGGAGCUUGAUCAGCUCAGAAGCUUGCUCCAAGAAUCUAAAGACAGAGAAGCCAAGUUGCAAGCUGAGUUGUCUGACUUUAAGAGGAAAAACCUCAAGGCUUUGGAGCUCCAAAGUGCAGCUGAAUCAAAGACGAGUGAAAUUGAUGCCCUUAAAAGCAAAAUUGAUUUGCUGGAAUCUGAAAACACCAGUCUUUCCGAGCAGUUGAACUCUCAUCAGUUGCAAGAAAAUAUAACAAAGGGUGUUGUUAACAGUGUUGAGGUAGAUGUUCUUAAAUUGAGACGGCUGAAUGCAGAGCUUCAUCUUCAAAAGAGAAAUCUUUGUUGCAGAAUUUCUUCAAUGGAGUCACAGCUAGCAGACCUAGCAAAAGAUUCUGAGAAUGAAUUUGUUGAGAAGAUCAAAGCCGAGGCAUCAAGGUUACGACAAACAAAUGAAGACUUGUGUAAACAAGUCGAAGAUCUACAAGUAAGUCGACUGAAUGAGGUUGAGGAGCUUGUCUAUCUUAGGUGGGUCAAUUCCUGUCUUAAAAACGAGUUGCAGAAUUCCGCUUUUGAUACUUCUGAUAUAACAUCAAGCCCAGCUUCCAUUGAAUGGCUCAAUGGUUCUGUAUCAAGUGAUGAAAGCUCUGAACGUGGCAGUGGUCAAAAUAGGUUAAGUUUGAUUAAGAAUAUGAAAAAGUGGCCUGUUUUAGACGAAGAAACGCAUGUCUCUGAACCCCCAAACUAUAAACUAAACCUUAGUUGGUUAGAGGGCCGAAGUCCCGGAAGAAGGCAUUCGAUCAGUGGUGUAAACUGCUGUCAAGAAGAUUUGGUGGUUAACAAAAGAAGACAAUCUGAUGGCUUUAUAUGUUCAAUGGAAAUGGAUGAGGUAGAUUCAGUAGCAUGUCGAAAAUAUGAUUUGAAUCAAGGGUCACAAUUGCGUGAAGCUACAAAACUGAAAACAUUGUUGGAUGUUGAAAAAAGGGCUCUGCGUAUUCCCAAUCCCCCUCCGCGGCCCUCCAUUUUUACUUCUAAGGAGCAUAAAGAGGUCAGCUGUCAAGUAGCUCCUCCUCCACCACCGCCACCACCACCUCCUCCUCCUCCGAAGUUCAUUGGCCGGAAUAAUGCUGGCGGGGUUGUUCAGCGAGCUCCACAAGUGGUUGAGUUUUAUCAUUCCCUUAUGAAAAGGGAUUCCCGGAAAGAUUCUUUAAAUGAUGGGAUCUGUGAUGCCUCGGAUGUCACUAAUGUUCGACAUAGUAUGAUUGGUGAAAUUGAAAACCGGUCAUCACAUUUGCUUGCUAUAAAGGAGGAUGUUGAGACUCAAGGAGAAUUUGUGAAUUCUUUAAUCCGGGAGGUCAACAAUGCUGUUUAUCCAGAUAUAGAAGAUGUGGUUGCUUUUGUGAAAUGGCUGGAUGAUGAACUCUGCUUUCUUGUGGAUGAGAGGGCUGUACUUAAACACUUUGAUUGGCCAGAGAAGAAAGCAGACACAUUAAGAGAGGCCGCAUUUGCAUAUCGAGAUCUAAAGAAGCUGGAAAAUGAAAUUUCAGAUUACAAAGACAAUUUCCACAUACCAUGUGACUUGGCAUUGAAAAAAAUGGUGUCCUUAUCUGAAAAGAUGGAGCGUAUUGUUUAUAACCUUCUUCGAACAAGAGAUCUAUUGAUGCGUAAUUGCAAAGAGUUCCAUAUUCCCACAGAUUGGAUGCUUGAUACCGGAAUAUUGAACAAGAUUAAGUUGGGAUCAGUUAAGUUGGCAAAGAAGUACAUGAGAAGAGUUGCUACAGAACUCCAAACGAAGGGAACAUCGGAGAAGGAUUCUUCAAUGGACUAUAUGCUACUUCAAGGAGUCAGAUUUGCUUUUCGUAUCCAUCAGUUUGCUGGUGGAUUUGAUGCUGACACUAUGCAUGCAUUCGAGGAGCUUCGCAAUGUAGCUCUUGUUUUGAACAAAAAGUAGAUGUAAAGAGGAUUUUUUUGCAGCUGGAAUAGAUAUUUUUUGUACAGGUAUUUUUGGUAUGAACAAACAAAAGAAAAUUGAUUAGUUAUGGAUCGGAUAUGAUCAUAGUGGUUCAAUCUAUCUUUUUGCUUUCCCAAUUAACUAAAGCUACAUAUGUAUUUUGGGUUCAAGAUCAAUUUGACCCUCAACAUUUCUAU